AUGGCACUGAAAGAAACACUUUUCUCGACAGGAGCCUUUGGCAUGACAACAGGGACCUUUUUCAAGCAGAGCUGCAUGGCAUUCGUACUUCCCUACUGGUACAUAUUCCUGCUUGAGAAGUCCAGAUGGAACAACCACAGCUACCUGUACGGUCUCAUCACAACCCUGCUCAGUACGACCGGUGCCCAUAGACUCUGGUCGGUUGACUCUUGGAGGAGUAGGUUCUUGAACAACACUGACGUGCCUCGCUGGAAUUACAUCCUAAUACGCGCACAGAUUUUUUGUGUGUACUUCAUUGCCGGACUGAAGAAAAUGGACAAGGACUGGAUCGGAGGCCACUCAAUGCGGGGUCUUUCCAAACACUGGGUUUUCGACGGGUUCAAGUUAAUUCUGUCGGAGGAGCAGAUCGACUUCUACGUCGUCCACUGGGGCGGAUUCCUCCUCGACCUGACAGUCGGCUUCGUCAUGGCCACCGCCACAAUCCGACCGGUCGGGGCCCUCUUCUGCAUACUCUUCAACGCCAUGAACUCGAGGAUGUUCACCAUUGGAAUGUUUCCCUACACAAUGAUCGCAUUGUCACCGACAUUCUUCGACUGCCGUUGGCCCAAGGCUUUGAUUGAGCGCUGCCCCUCGAGACUCAGGUCCUUCACACCGGAUACAGCCAAC